GGCAGGGCCUAAAAUUUGAGUGCCCUCUCUCCCCAUGUGCACAUUUCCUUUACCUCUUAUGCUCAGAUGAUGAGUGCCUCUUACUGAAUACCGACGGGCUGUGAAGAACCUGCAGAAGUCUACAGUAUCUGGAUCCAAGGAGCUACCUCUGUUCUUCUCGCUCUCUCUUCCAUUCCUCCGUCAUUCCUUCUCAUCGAGAGGAGGUUCUUGAGGUGCCAACCAAACCCGAGGGCCGUCGGAUCCCGAGAGAGGUGACCAUGCCAAACCCAUGCACUGUGUUCCUGGAAAUACUUGGGGUGCUGAUCGGGACGGGCGGCUGGUUUUGUUCGUUGGCGAGCACCAUCAUGCCUCAGUGGCUGUCACUUUCCACUGAGCUAAUGGGCAUGGAGAGCUACGAACAAGGGCUUUGGGAGGCUUGCGUGUUUCAGGAGGUCGCUGGUACGGAGUGUCGCCCCUACGAUACCAUCCUAGGCCUCGAACCCAAGCUCAUGCUGGCCCGCGUUCUGAUGUGCGUUUCGGAUGCCACAUGUCUUCUCGGACUUCUCCUCGCCAUCCCCGCCAUGAGUCAGAUCAACUGCUGCAAGAGCGAGGAGGGACACAGGACCAAGCGAGGUUUGAAGAUCACGGCCGGCGUGCUUUUAUGCAUCGCCGGGGUGUUCGUGCUGUUUCCCGUCUCUUACGUCGCUCACGAUAUUGUUAUCAAGUUCUUCGACGAGACCGUACCUCACGUGGUGCCGCGUUCAGAGUUUGGAGACGCGCUGUUCAUCGGCUGGGCUGCAGGACUUCUUGACAUCGUGGCAGCCGUGAUGUUGUUCGCCUCAUGCUCCGACUCGAGAGACAGAGAACCACAUUACCGUCAAAGGCAGGAGAUCAGAACUAUCGAUGGUUCGAGAAAACGCACCGAGUACGUUUGAGGUACAAUGCCUAUUGAUGAAGCAGGACAAAAACAUUUUUGGAUAAUAGUUUCUUGAAAAUGUUUAUACUUAGAUUCAGUGUAUCCAUCGAUCAAACUCUUGAAACAGGUAAAGCAUUAUUAAGAUGCAUUAUUAAGAGUAGCCUAUUUGUAUUAAUGUGUUAAUAUUGAAAAGUUGGCAAUAAGUUUGCAGUUGCUUUUAUAGAGAUGUAGCGAUUGACAACAGUUUUUUUUUUGCCAUUUUGUGGAAUUUUGAUCAUUCAUUAAGAUAUUGUGUGCUUAAUACAUAUAUAACUAGUACAGAAAAGGUAAGAUUUUGGUCUUCUUCAUUUGGUGCGCUGUACAUUUAGUACUCAAUGCCACCUGCAAAAGUACUUCUCGACAGGAAGGAUGUAUCCUGGCAAGUCUCCAUAUCUUGGCCGGCACGUCAUGAGGCCACAAGUGUUUUUAGAGAGGAAGGCAUGAUGUUUUCUUUUCUUUUCUUGCAAAUGUAUCACAUGAUGCUAAACUAUGCAUAGUGUUAAUCACUGGAAGAGCACGUAUGGAUGUCAUUGCACGUACUGCAUUUAUAGAAAGUCAGGUAAGAUUUUAACAUGAAGUGUUCUUCAAACCGUAGUUGUAAUAAGUGUGUUAUACUAGCGACUGUAAAAACUGAAGCCUCAGAAGGACUGGAUGAGGAAGGAUGCAUUUCUUUCUAGAACGCAGCCUUUCCGUUUGAGACACAGCCAUUGUUUGGGGAUCGUUGUUUGUAAAUAGCAUCUGGAAAUCAGCUGGUACUAAUCCAGAAUACUGUCUGUUUUAGUAAAAAAAUAAAAAAGAUGCUUACCUGCA